CCCUCUCAUAAACGCACACUCUCUUCUGUCCUCUCCUCUCUCUCUCUCUCUCUCUGCUUCAAGAAUCAUAUAGGAGUACCACUCACCACCAGUCAGACAGGACAGUCACCUCUCUGCUUGGUGUGGGUUGUGGCCUUGUGGGCGUUGCUUCCUGAUCUGCUCAUCUUGAUUCUUGAGGGAGAUCAACUAGAGAGAAGCUAGCAUGGGGAGGUCGCCGUGCUGCGAGAAGGCACACACGAACAAGGGCGCCUGGACCAAGGAAGAGGACCAGCGCCUCGUCGCCUACAUCAAUGCACACGGCGAAGGCUGCUGGAGGUCGCUCCCCAUGGCGGCGGGGCUGCAGCGCUGCGGGAAGAGCUGCCGGCUGCGGUGGAUCAACUACCUGCGCCCCGACCUCAAGCGGGGCAACUUCACCGAGGAGGAAGACGACCUCAUCAUCAAGCUCCACCAGAUCCUCGGGAACAAGUGGUCUCUGAUCGCCGGGCGGUUGCCGGGUCGGACGGACAACGAGAUCAAGAACUACUGGAACACGCACAUCAAGCGCAGGCUCCUGGCCCGCGGCAUCGACCCGCAGACGCACCAUCCUCUCCCUCUCAGUGGCGCCGCCGCCAACGCGCCAAGCAGCCGUCGUCCCCAGGACCAGCCGGCGGCGGCGCGCUCAAGCUGCUCACCGCAGACCAGCGGUGCGGGCCACAGCGCGCCCGUGCUGCACCUCGGCGGCAUCGAUCUCAACCUGUCCUUAAGCCCUCCCAGCCAACCGUCCUCGCCGGUCGCCGCCGUUGCCAACUAGCAGCUGGGCAGGCAACAAGCGACGCGCGCGACUAGCCUGCAGAGAGUUUCCUGUUCUUGAUUGUCCAGGGGUUCAACGAGCAGGGGUGGACGCCGCAGCUGCUGGCGACUGCGGCGGCGCCCAAGGAGAGAGAGAGAGAGAGAUCAGCUGUAUGAUUUGAUAACGAGGAAUCCUGAGCUCCUGUUCUCUUAAUUUUUCUAACAAAAUAUUUGAUACGAUA